GGAGCAGCAGCGUCCACCUGAGGACUCCUCUCUCCGCAGCUGGAUUACUCUCACUGAUUUGUCCGCUCUCAGAUCAGAGAUGCCUCGCUCCUUCAUGGUGAAGAGUAAGAGGGCGCACAGUUACCACCAGCCCCGGAGUCUGGAGGAUGACUACAGCAGGCUGGACACUAUACUGGCGCAUAUAUGCUCAGAUGCUGAGUGUCCCCCGUGCGUCCUCUCAGACGCAGAUAAGCUCCAAGAUGAUACCGACAUGUCGGUGGACAGGUACGGUCUCUCACCUGACUCCCACCUGGCCGACGCUGCUGAUUUCUCCCCGAAGUCCCCGCUGAGCUGCGCCGACAGUCUGUGUGGUCGCUCCCCGGACUACGAGGACUUCUGGAGGCCUCCGUCCCCCUCUGCAUCCCCGGUUGAUUCUGAGAAAUCCCUGUCUCCUCUGGUGGAUGAGACGCAGCCCUUCACCGUCCCCUUCCGGCCGUAUGCCUGGAGCAGCUACCCGGGGCCAGGGCCUGGGCUGAGGCCGCUGGUGCCGCCGAGCCUCCACCCCGGCAUGGAGGUGGACAGGGGCCCGGCGGCGCUGGCCUUCUACGGGGACCGGAGCAGCCACCCAGCCCUGUACGCAGAGCGUGCUCUGGGCGAGGAGGCGUAUGGUGACUACAGGAGGCACGCUGCUGCUCUGCUGUUUACUGACGGAGGCCUGCAUGGAAAAAGCCAGAGUGUGAAGGCCCAGUCUGACCUGCUGUGCUCCAGUCUGAUCCUCAAUGGCGCUUACAAGUGUAUCAAGUGCAGUAAGGUGUUUUCUACUCCGCACGGUUUGGAAGUCCACGUCCGCAGAUCGCACAGUGGCACGAGGCCAUUUGCGUGUGAUAUCUGCGGCAAAACCUUCGGACACGCAGUCAGCCUGGAGCAACACAAAGCCGUGCACUCUCAGGAAAGAAGUUUCGACUGCAAAAUAUGCGGUAAAAGUUUCAAGAGGUCGUCAACUCUGUCGACGCAUCUGCUCAUCCACUCCGACACUCGGCCGUACCCCUGCCAGUACUGCGGUAAGAGGUUCCACCAGAAGUCGGACAUGAAGAAACACACUUUUAUCCACACAGGUGAGAAGCCACACAAAUGCCAGGUGUGUGGUAAAGCCUUCAGCCAGAGCUCCAACCUCAUCACACACAGCAGGAAACACACCGGAUACAAACCUUUCGGCUGCGACCUGUGCGGCAAAGGUUUCCAGAGGAAAGUGGAUCUGAGGAGACACAAAGAGACGCAGCACGGACUGAAAUGAGGCGAACACUGACUGCACACAUCGUGUCAUGUAAUCUGACUUGAGUCUUUAAAUCAUUGGUCUUGAAACGACCGCGGACACCUGACGCAAAGACCGAGGACAUGUUUUUCCAAUCGCUCUGCUUGAGGACAUUUCUUGGAUCACAACUUGAUCCACAUUUAGCUCUGUAAAAAUUUAAAAUUGGAAAUAUAUAUGUCAGCCGAUAGGCAGACUAUUUAUUUAUUUUAAUAAAGAAAACCUAUACGUCCCAAGAAUAAGACUUAAACGACUUAUUUUGCAGAGUGAAGACAACACUAAUUCUACCAUCCUACUGCAGAUUGCUAUAAAGGUCCAGAACACCAGAGAUAAGCUGUUAACUGUGAGACAUGCAGAUAUGAUGAAGUGUGAUCCAAGUACAUGUGUCAUGAAUCAGCUUCAGUGGGCAUUAAGCUCAAAAUGUUUGUACUCAGAGUUUAAGAACCGGAUCGACAAUAAAGCCAACAGAGAUGAAAAUCUGCGCUUCUCCAAAGAGCCGAGGCUUUUUUUGUUGUCAGUGUGGAGACAUGCUGGCAAAACAGCCUCCUCAAACUGUGUGAUUUAAUAAACAGGAGGGUUACUGCCUUACUCACGGAGCUGUGAUCUGCUGAUUUUACAUUUUGCACAUUUUAUUUUCAGAAUGAACAGUUUUUUUUUGUCGUUUACAAAUAAAUAUAAUUUGU